UCCGGGCCCGCUUCCUCGGAAGCCUCCCAGUCCCAUGCGUCUCCUGCCGAGGGAGGGGGCACCGGCCUGGGACCCCGCGGUCUCUGCACGCAGAGGGGCGGGCGCGGCCCGCAAGGCCAGGGACCGCCCUCGCCCCCCGACCCGGCUCCGUCCGGAGGACGGGGGCGCUGCGGGAGCGGGUGGCGGGCGCGGGCCCUCUCUGGCUGCCGCCAGCCCGGUGGUCCUGAUGGGGGAGAAGGCUGCUCUGAAGCUGCUGGGGACAGAGCAAGACAAAGACCCUGGGCUCUUUGCCCGCACCCCUCCCUGCCCCCAGUGGGGCCCGGCGCCCCUGCGACUUGUGGACACACGUGGGCACCCUGAGCCCGAGAACCCCAGCCAGCCCAGCAGCCAGGGUCCCUCACAGCCUCCGUGCUGUCUGUGGACCGGGCGUGGGGAGCCUGCUCUGCCUCCUCACAAUGGGCCACGGGGGGUCCUCCCCAGCUCAGGAAGUCCCGGGGAAAAGCAGAGUUGAGGAUCUUAAGGAAUGAUCGAAAGUGGGGAAGGGGGAGGUGAAGGCUGGAGGACAUUGGCCUGUGUGUCGGCUCUGGUGCCUCACUUGUGUUCUGGGGCAGAGAGAGCCGUUGUCAUAGUUAGGAGGCUGUCCCCAGGGCUCCCCAAGGUGGGAGAUGGACUGGAGAAGGACCGGCUUCUGACUUGGGGUUUAGGCCCGCUUGGAUUUCAGGCCUCAGGAGAGUGUUUGGGCUCCCCCAGGAACACCGAGAAUGGCGCCUGAGUCUUGCCAAGAGGAUGAAGGAGCCGAGAAAAAGACUCCCUUAUCCCAGGUGGACCAAGAGCCGGUCAGCGCCCACCUGGAGCCUCCUGUGGGCACACCUCAAGAGCCGGGGGGUCCCACAUGCGCCCAGGACACCAAGCCCAGCUCUACACGGGUGGUCUUCUCCGUCAACCUACAGUUGGCCCCUGAGUCUCUAGACACUCGCACCUUGCGGCUGCUGUGGGGCCAACGGGAGCUGGAGAUCCAGGCUCUGCGGUGGGCUCUCCAGAACCGCCAGGAGGCCCGGCACUGCCACGUCCUGCGUGAGGUGGCUGGACUUCCUGAGAGGAGUGCACGUAAUCAGGAAAAGUUCCUGCAAAAUCAGGUCCAAAAGCUGACUCUGGACUUGAAAAAGCAGAAGGAACAGGCCCAGCUGGAGAAGACCCAGCUGGAGGAACGUCUGCUGCAGACCACGACCACCAUGCAGCAGCUGGAGGCUGAGCUGCAGGCCUUCCAGAAGUCCUGCCUCCUGCAGCUGGCCCGCUCCUCCUGGGUGGGGCGCAUACUGCGCUCCUCCACCGGCAGUGUGGAGGUGGUCACUGCAGAAACCCUGAUGGACUUCAAUGACGUCUCUGAGGGUGAACAGGGCCCCUCCACUGGGGAGGGUUUCCGGCUGGAGGACGUGGACUGGAACAGCAUUGCCCAGCGGUAUCCCAACCUCUUCAGCAACAUGGAGUCCAGCUCAGACCCGAAGCACCCACGGCCCCUGCCACCCGCAAAGGCCCCACUGUCGAGCGAGUGGAGCUCGGAGCUGCGCAGAUCGGGGACAGAGCAGCGUCUCAAGAGUGUCGAGUGGAGUUCCCUGCCCUUCAUGGACACGAGCAGCUCCGGGGGCGCGGACUCCGACUCCAGCAGUGGCCAGCUGGCUGAGCGUUAUUGUGUGCGGAAGGUGACAGGGCACCCCCCGUGUGCGCCAAGCCGUGAGGAGCUAACGGCGGCCAGCUCCAGGAGCCUCAGCAGGGAAAUGCAGGCACAGUCUGGAGCCUCCCGGGUCCAGCCUUCCUGCUCUGGAUCUGAGCUCCAGAGCUGUGCCUCUCCCCAGUGCACCUGUGGGGUGCUGAGCAUCAGUCUGGCCUCGCGGGAGAUGUCCACAGUGCGUGCAGUGUACGGGGUGCCCCUUCCAACAGGUCUUUUCCUGGAUCUCAGGAUGGCUCAGCGGGACCAGCCAGGUAGUACAGUCCUGACCCUGACCGGGAAGCCCUGUGUAGCUUCUGAGCACCCGCAUUCAGGGUGCUCCUGGAGCCCAGGGUGUUCCUGCCUGAAGAUUGUGGCAGUCAGUGCCCGGGAGAGGUUCGUGCGUGUCCUCAACCAGUCGCCGGAGGAGACCGCGGACCUGGGUGGCCUCACGCUGCAGCAGCGGGAACGGGGCUUUCCUGUGUGCAUGUACCGCUUCCCACCCCGCACGCUGCUGCCUCCGCGCCACCACGUCACGGUUUGGGGCGAGGGGCCCCGCAGCAUGAAGAAGCACCUGCCCUCGUCCUUGGGCCAGGAGCCCGUGCACUUCCACUCUAGCAGGGGCUGUGUGACUCUCCUCCUGAACCCCAAGGGCGAGGUCCUGAGCGAGCAUCGGGCCGCCCACUGCGUGUCCCCCGCCUCGAGGAUCUUCGCUGACAACACCGAUUUGUCCAUAGACCGCUUCCCGCUCUCAGAGGCCGGGCUGGUGGCUGACACCGGCACGCAGAGGCCCGGCCCUCGGCAGCUGCGGGCAGGCAGGGUGCAGGAGGCCCCCGCCAGACGGCGGAGGCCCACGUGGGCUCCGCGGGUCCCUGCUUCCCCAGGUCCCGGCCUCUCCAGGCUCCGCACCCCCCCACCUCCGCCCCUUCCCGCAGGCGGGCUUCGGAUCUCACGAGCCCCUCGCCCCACCAGGACGCGGGGCCUCUUCCCCCGGCUGAGCGCCAGCAAGACCUUCCGCCCGCGGGCGGUGCCAGCGCCGUCCGAGGCCGCCGAGGCGCCGGCGCCGGAGCUCCUGCCCACCAUCCCCGAGGCCGGGCUGCGCCUCGAGGACUGCCAGGCUAGGAAGGAGCCCAGGGUCCGGGUGUGCUGCAAGAGCGUGGACCGGGGCUGCCCAAUGGUGGCGUUGUCGGUGCAGAGCGCGGCUGAGAGCAGAUACGGCUUCCGCUUCCUCCCCUGCCCGCCGGUCACCGCCGCCCGGAGAGCGGGGCUGUAGGCUGCGCCGGGCGGACGCCGGGGCUGAGG